UGUCAGGGAAAAUGUAUGGAGUAAAAAGUACACUAUUUUCUUUAGGGGUGUAGUGAAGAAAAUUUGUUUAAAAAAAUAGUAAAGUACAGAUACCACAAAAAACGACUUAAGUAGUUAUUUAAAGUAUUUUUACUUAAGUACUUUACACCACUGUUCGUUCUCAAGUUUAAUCUUGGACACCUCCAGCCGAAGUUGAAAAUGCGCCAUCCUCUACAAUUCCCAAUCGUUCCAGGACCACAAUUUUCAAAAGCAGGUUCAAGACAGAUGUUAGCUGAGUUGUUAAAUAGUCACAAUUCGCCAUAAUUGUAUUUUUAUACAAUGACACGUAUGUGAAUGUAUGAACAUACUAAGUCCUUUGAACGUUCUGCUGCUAGCUUCCUUUCCUUUAGCAUGUCUGUCAAGGAAAGAAAUCAACAUAAAAGCAUUGCCACCAUAGAGAAAGGAACACUGCCAUCUACCGGAUAGAAACUGGUCGCACAGGUGCCUUCCUAAAACUACUUUGGGCAGACAGCUCUUGCGGUCAGAAGUAAGCAAAUUAAGGUUCAUCAAACUUUGAUUCUAAUACCCCAUUGUAAACUUGAAACCCUGUUCUUUUAUACUACUCUGGAAAAAGUUACAAAAACCGAAAGGUGAACGAGUAUACGUCGUUUUAGACAUGCACUUUUGCCUCAUUGAAGAAAGAGGGUUCAGGUUCUGAAGUCCAAGGUAAAUUGACAGUGGCAGAUUUUACACAGCUGUGCAGUGUGCAAAUGUGUACCAUGGUUAUCUCUGACAUAACCUAUAGACUUUGAGACUGCAGAGGAGAACACAUAACUCGUUUAUAGUCAGGUUGAUCUUACACAAUUCUAGUCAAAACCUGUAUGUCGUUGUUGAACGCAUAGAGGUCCUCUCUGUCUAUCUACUCCGCUACAAUGGUGUCUGGGAGGUUGUUGAUGUCCAUGGCCCUCCUCAUUCUCUGUGGGUGUCAGUGCACACACAGUGGUAAUGUGCUGGUCUUUCCUGGGGAGUUCAGUCACUGGCUCAACAUGCGUGUGAUCCUGGAAGAACUAGUGGAGCGAAACCAUAGUGUCACAGUGCUGGUUUGCUCUGCCUCACCUUCAGUCAACUAUACCAAACCAGAGGGUUUCAGCUUCAAGGUGUAUAAUGUUCCUUUUGAGAGACGUGAUUUGGAGUCUCUCCAGGAGGACUUCCUAAACUUCUGGAUAUACGAGGCUCAGAACGCCUCAAUGUUGCAGGUGGGCCUGAAGAUCCGGGAGGUGUUGGGAAGUAUGACAGCUCUACAUCUCAACAUGUGUGAUGCCAUGUUCCACAACAAAGAGCUUAUGGACACACUGAGACAGUGGAAGUUUGACGCAGUCCUUUCUGAUCCAAUGAUGCCAUGCAGUGACUUAAUGGCAGAUGCUCUUAACGUGCCUUUCAUUAUCUCGCUGAGGUUUACAUUUGGCAUGACUAUGGAGAGGCACUGCGGGCAGAUACCAGCGCCCCCCUCUUUUGUUCCUGCCCCCCCUUUGACGUACACAGACCAAAUGAGUUUUUUUGAGCGGGUUCACAAUUUUGUUACGUACAUGAUACAUUCUACUUUUUUCUCUAUACACUGCCUACAGACCAUUGAUAAGUACUACAGUGGGAUCAAGGGCAGACCUACGACUUUAUGCGAGAUCUUGGGGAAGGCAGAUAUCUGGUUGAUACGGACCUACUGGGACUUUGAGUAUCCUCGACCUUUCCUUCCCAACUUUAAAUUUGUGGGAGGCCUUCACUGCAAACCUGCAAAACCCCUUUCAAAAGCCAUGGAGGACUUUGUGCAGAGUUCAGGCGAUGAUGGAAUCGUGGUGCUUUCCCUGGGAUCGAUGAUCAAGAACCUCACUAAAGAGAGAGGAAACACCAUAGCCACUGCAUUGGGACAAAUACCACAGAAGGUGCUGUGGAGAUACGGUGGGGAGAAACCAGAGACUCUCGCCCCCAACACAAGAGUUUAUGAAUGGAUUCCACAAAAUGAUUUACUUGGUCAUCCAAAGACCAAAGCCUUCGUCACCCACGGUGGGACUAACGGACUAUAUGAAUCCAUUUACCAUGGAGUCCCAAUGGUGGGCAUCCCCUUGUUCGCUGACCAGCCAGACAAUAUCAUCCACAUGACAAACAAGGGAGCUGCUGUAAUGGUGGACUUCAACACGAUGACAUCCAAAGACCUUGUGGAUGGCCUCAACAGUGUGAUCAAUGAUCCAUCGUAUAAAGCAAGCAUGAUGAGGCUGUCAAGAAUCCAUCACGACCAACCAAUGAAACCCUUGGAUACAGCUGUGUUCUGGAUCGAGUUUGUGAUGCGUAACAAAGGGGCUAAGCACUUGAGGGUGGAGGCCCAUAACCUGAGCUGGUACCAGUACCACUGUCUAGAUGUGGCAGCUGCUCUGAUCACCAUAGUGGCACUUGUCAUAGUUGUAUCCAUUAAAACAUGCAUUUUCUGCUUCCGCAAGUGCUGCAAGAAAACUAAAUCGAGACAGAAGACAGAGUGACCCCUUGAAAUAAUGUGAAAGGGUCAUUCCACCAAAUUAGUACCUUGUUGGGUAGUGUAACUUCGUGAAAAAUAAAUGUUUUAUUUCACCUCA